GCUGUCUGAGCAGAAGCAUCGGAAGAGGAGGCCGGUUGCUCUAACAGUCCUCGGGAAAGCGACUUAAAUGCAAUGAGAAGGCUUCUCUUCCCAGGGACACACAGCCAAGAACAGACGCAGAGAAGCUGUUUUCCUUCUCUUCUCUCCCAACUCCUACUGGAGUUGAUCAGCUCUCAUUUCUGGCAUGCGUCUCAUCUCUCAGGAUACCAUGUCACAGUAUUCUACUAACUUUCUCUUGCUUCCCAUACCAGAGUAUCCAGUAUUAGACUGCGUGCCCAACAAAAUCAUCAAGCUGGUGGUGCUGGGUGGCAGCAGCGUUGGCAAGACAGCUCUGGUUGUGCGCUUUCUCACUAAGAGAUUUAUUGGAGACUACGAAGCCAACGCUGGUGCAUUGUAUUCAAGAAAAUUCACCAUAGAUGGGGAACAGAUCUCCCUACAGGUGCAAGAUACUCCCUUUGUUUCACUGGAGGAUGACACUGACAGCAUCUGCUGCCAGGAGCAGAUAAACCGCUCGAUCUACUGGGCAGAUGGCUUCGUUUUCGUUUACUCCAUCACAGAAUACGAGAGCUACCGCGUCAUCCGGCCCCUGUACCAGCACAUCCGCAAGAUUCACCCCAAUGCUAACAUCCCCCUGCUUCUGAUGGCAAACAAAGGAGAUCUCCUGCGAGCCAGGCAGGUGUCCUCCAAAGAAGGACUCCAGCUGGCCAGCGAACUGGGAGGUACUUACUAUGAAGUCUCAGCGCGGGAGAACUGCGAGGGCGUGCACGAAGCCUUCCAGCAGCUUUGCCAGGAGGUCAGCAGGAUGAUUGGCAGCUGCAAUGGAGAGAAACGAAGAGGCCUCCACCUUGUCCGACCCAAGUCUCCAAAUAUGCAGGACUUGAAGAGACGUUUGAAACAGGCUCUGACUUCCAAAGGGAAAUCUGCCACUACGCUUUGAUGUAGCUGACAAAAAUUGUUUUCCACACCCCUGGACAAAAGGCAAGCAAACAAACUGGUGUUUAAGGGAAUCUCCAAAAUACAGCAUUUGGGUUGUGUGAGAGUUUCCUUCAUUUUGUCUACACAUCUUCCUUAACAAUUCCAUGUUAGUUCAUCAGAGGAACUCACAGAACAUUCUCCUUGGGGCAAGGAUGUAGAAACUGAUUUAAGGUAUAGAUUGUCCCAAAUUAUUUCUUCUCCAAAAGGAAUGCAGUCAAAUAGUUUAGGCUUAAAAUGUAGAUUUUAUUAAUAAAAUAAAUAAAUCUUACUGUUAAGAGGA